CUCCUCCUUCCCUUAUUUGUGUGGAGAGGAGACGACGCUUACUUUUCUUCCUUUCCAAUUAUUUGUUCUUUUUUAUUCUCCUGAGCGAGCUGCUACUGCUGCUUCUGCAUUUUUUCGAUCGGAGGUUGGACGGCGACCAGCGGGCCUUUGGCCCUGGAAGCCGCUCAGAAUUCCGGCGGGAAGCUGCUGCUGCUGCUGAUGGAACAACAACCACACCGGACUAUUUCUUUCUCACCCGGAAAAUGAUGGAUUUUGAAGCCGCCCCCGGAAUUUCCGCUCCAAGGCUGCCCGUCCUCGAAGCUCCUCCCUCCCUCUCUCCGUCCGUCGCCCAAGAUUCAGCUUGGCAAAUGAAUUUGAGAUCAAUGGAAACAAUGGAGUCUGGACACUAUCCUGUACGGGAUGGUGAACCAGAUUGUUCCUACUACAUCAGAACUGGUCUAUGUAGGUUUGGAGCUUCAUGCCGAUUUAACCAUCCAGCUAACAGGAAAUUGGCAAUAGCCACUGCAAGGAUGAAAGGGGAGUAUCCAGAAAGAGUCGGACAGCCUGAAUGCCAGUACUAUUUGAAGACGGGGACUUGCAAGUUUGGAGGCACAUGCAAGUUUCAUCAUCCUAGAGACAAAGCUGGGAUUGCUGGAAGAGUUGCUCUAAAUGCUACGGGUUAUCCGCUUCGUCCGGAUGAAAUUGAAUGCCCCUAUUAUAUGAGAACUGGCCAAUGCAAGUUUGGAGGAACCUGUAAAUUUCACCAUCCUCAACCAUCUAGUAAUAUGAUGGUCUCUAUACGGGGUUCUCCUGUGUAUCCACCUCUCCAUUCCCCAACUACACCUGGUCAGCUAUCGUAUCCCUUGUCAAGAGCUUCUUUUGUUACCAAUGCACGUUGGCAAGGACCUUCAAGCUACACACCUCUGAUUGUUCCUCAAGGGGUAGUAUCAGUACCGGGGUUUGCAUACAGUGCACAGCUUGGUUCAGUUUCAUCUCCAGAGAGGCAACAGCUGACAAUAGGGAAUAGUCAGGCUUAUGGAAUGUCCCGUUCCAGUGAAGUGGCUAACACGGGAUCUCAAGGAAUGAAUCCUUCUUACCGUUCUGGCACAUUGCCUGUGGGGUAUUAUGCAUUGCAGAGAGAGAACACUUUCCCUGAACGACCUGGUCAACCAGAAUGCCAAUUCUACAUGAAGACCGGAGACUGUAAGUUUGGUGCUGUUUGUAAGUUCCAUCAUCCAAGGGAAAGACUGAUUCCUCCACCUGAUUCUUUGCUCAGUCCAAUUGGACUUCCUCUACGCACAGGAGAACCUUUAUGUACAUUUUAUACCCGGUAUGGAAUCUGCAAGUUUGGUCCAAGUUGCAAGUUUGAUCACCCUAUGGGAGUGUUUACUUACAGUCUCUCGCCAUCAUCUACAACUACUGAUGCCCCUCCUGCUCGGCAUUUCCUGGACUCUUCACCAGGAACUGGUCCAACAACUCUUCUAUCUUCAGAAAUGCUUGCGGAGUCAAGCUCCACGAAGCCUAGGUGACUGCCAUUCUCAAAAGCGAGAGGUGAUGUCAUCUAGUGAUAGUAAACAUUAUCACAGAAAGAUUAUUUUCUUCUUGGUUACACAAUCAGUAUGUAUGUCAUUGAACAUCCCUUAAGAAGUGAGUCCAUAAAAUUGCCUUGUAAAUUCAUUUCCUCUCUUGGAGAUGUACAGAUUUUCUAUUAGUCAUCUUGUGAUGAUGAUGCGUUGACACUGAGAUUCUCUUUCUUGCCCUGAAUAAAUCUAUGCACAUGCUAUUGCCCUUGAACUGGAUUUCCACUUUUUUAUGCUACAAGUCAUUUGUCUGUUGGAAAAAUGUGUUAAAAA